AUGAUAAAACAAUCUCCAAGGAUCUCUGAAGAGAAAGAUGAUCACGAAUUAACUCAAUUCGUGGAAGAAACUGCAAUUCUUCAACAAACAAUCGAGCAUACUUUUACUAGAUUCGAGGCUAUUAAAGCUUAUCCAAGAACAUGCGUUUAUAUUUUGAUAUUGCUAUGGGUUAUGAUUUUGGUUGGAUAUGAAAAUCAGGCUGGUGGUAUGGUAGUUUCUAUUCCUACAUUUAGAAGAGACUUUGGUUACUAUUUUGAAGGUGAUUAUGUUUUAGAUGGUAAAUGGCAAUCAGCAAUAUCUGGUGGCCCUAGUGGAGCGAUUGUUAUAGGUGGCUUUAUCGGUUCGUAUAUGGCGGAUUCCAUCGGUAGGAAACUCACGCUUUUAAUAGCGGUUGGAAGCACUAUAGGGUUUAUUGUACUUGAGUAUGUUUCGACUACAAUUGAAGUAUUCUUUGCAGGGAAAUUUUUGAAUGCGCUCUCCCUUGGAAUUAUUGCAACUGUAUCGACAUCUUUGGUUGCCGAAAUUACCCCUUUGGCAUUAAGAGGGAUAUCUGUCGCAGCUGUAAGUCUAUCAUUAUCUUUGGGGCCAUUUGUCUGUUAUUUGAUUGCUAAUUCAACGUCAGAACGACUUGAUAGAAUGGCUUAUAGGAGUUUAUUUUUAAGUCAAUGGGUUUUUAGUGGAACGUCUUUCAUCAUGCUCUUCUUCAUUCCAGAAUCCCCGUAUUAUUUUGUGCUAAAGAAUGCUGACGAAAAGGCUCUUAUCCACUUAAGGAAGUUGUACAAAGGGGAAGCACUAGCAGAACAUCAAUUAAUUUUGGUUAAAAAGACUGUCGAGGAAGCUAGACAUACAUCAAUAUCAUCGUCUUUCAUAGAUUGUUUUAGAGGAAUUAAUUUAAAAAGGACAUUUAUUGCAAUAUCACCUUUUGUUAUGCAACCUAUGAGUGGCGUUGCCUAUAUUGGUUCAUAUUCUACUUAUUUCUUUCAAUUGUCUGGAUUCGAUACUCAAAAAUCGUUUCAAAUAAGUGUUGGUCAGCAAGCCUUGUCUAUUCUGGGGUGUAUUACUUCUUGGUUUAUCCUUGAUAAAUUUGGAAGAAGGCAUGUGAUGUUAUACGGAAUGAUUUCCUUAUUUAUACUUAAUAUUAUUACAGCUGGCUUGGGUUGUAGCAAAGAGAAAAGCUACUUAACAGGUGCAUCUGCAUUUAUGACUAUGUAUAACUUUUUUUAUAAUUCAAGCAUUGGUCCUCUUUCUUAUGUUAUAACUGCAGAAAAUCCUAGUUCUCAACUAAGGGUUAAGACUAUUUCAAUAGGAUUGGCUGUAAAUAAUGGUUUGCAGUGCAUGUGGCAAUUUAUUUUGCCCUUUAUGUUCAAUCCAGAUCAAGCUAAUAUGGGAUCUAAGAUUAAUUUCAUCUUUGCCGCCUGCUGCUUUGUUAGUAUAUUCUGCUUUUACUUUUGGUUACCAGAAACUGCAAACAGAUCGUUUGAUGAAAUCGAUGAAAUGUAUAUUAAAAAUAUUCCAGCUAGGAAGUUUAGAAAUUUUAUUUCGGAUACGCAAAUAAAAGUCAGUGAAAUUGACGAACAAAAGGGUCCUACAGCUGAACAUAUUGAAGCUUGA